GUAGUCAUAGGUCGCAAUCAGAACCCAUGGAAGGAGGUCAACUUUCGUGCUUUGCAUAGGUCUGGGAUACCUUUCGUUCGGAGACGGAGUGGCGGUGGGACUGUCUAUCAUGACCUUGGAAACACCAAUUUCUCGAUACAUGUUCCUCGGACUACUUUCGACCGUAGCGCUACAGCCCAGAUCAUUCUGAGAGCUGUACGUUCACUUGAUAUAGACGCGCAUGUUAACGACCGAAACGAUAUAUGUGUUGGGAAGGAAAAGGUUUCAGGCUCAGCAUACAAAAUUGUGAACAAUCGCGCGUAUCAUCAUGGCACUAUGUUGAUUUCAACACGGCUUGAUACGUUAGGAGACCUACUGCGUUCUAACAAGGAAUCUAUGGUCACAAAGGGUGUAGCUUCGGUACGCUCCCCUGUCUGCAACCUGCAACAGUUUAGUUCGACUAUCUCACAUGACGCCUUCGUGGACGCCGUGGUCCAUGAAUUCCGGAAUGAAUUUGACAUUAGCGAGCAGGCAUGUAUGAUUGGCGAGACGGACGAGCUCAUGGGUGAUGAUUAUAUCCACAAGGGGAUGAAGGAGCUUCCCAGCUGGGAAUGGGCGUACGGCCAGACCCCAGAAUUUGAGUAUAAGAUCACGCGCUCGUUCGCUUGGGGUGACGUUGCUGCAAGUAUUCAUUCAAAACAUGGUAUUAUACUUUCAUGUUCCAUCGACGUGUUGAAGGGAGGUAAUAUAGUAUUGAACCAUGAGAUGGGUGAGAUAGGAAAGAGGUUGGAAGGAAAGCGGUAUGGGCAGAUAGAAGAUUCUGAAGUGAUAGGUGCACGAGGUCAGAGCGGCGAUAUCCUGCAAUGGUUGCGGCAAGAGAUGGAAGUCUAGGAGGUCUAGGUUCGCAUGAUCCCAUAUAAUACCCGCUUUAGCUGGAAUAUUUCAGGCCUCAUCUAAUGAAUUGAGUAUAUGGACUAAUGCAAUGCUGAAGACCCGAAAAAUCUACUAUUGUGCUUCUGCCGAUUGUCCUCGUACAUGUCCUGUUAACCGCUUGUCACGAUCCAUCAUCAUGUCGU